UGGGUACUGGUGUCCGGUGCCAUUGUGGAACGGGUUCUGACAUAAACGGUAGUAACCAGACCGAAAAGCAGCGCACAAUUCGGUGCUUCAUUUCGGUGCUUUUUUUCCCUGAGAAAUCUAGCCAAUCACUUCCUUUCCAAGGAUAGUAGGCGGGCCCAGGUACGUAUGGGGUUUUUUUUAGAGCAGAGCUAAAAUGGCGAAGGUGAAGCGCUCGAGAGUGUGGCUGUACUUCACAGCAAAAGAUAUAAACUCAGCAGCCUGCAACAAAUGCUUAAAGGUAAUAAUGUGCAAAGGAGGUAACACCUCAAAUCUAAUGAAACACCUGGCGUCGCAUGGCGGUUUUUUUUAAAAGCCGAGAAAUGCACCGCAUUUGAUAACUUGCAGCAAGACAUCACACCGAGCACAUCUACUGCGGGUGUGGUGCCUGUUCUCGGAGUUAGCAACAUCCAAGAACCCGAAGAGGAGAGUCCGGCCCCUAGCCCUGCCAGUGUAGCAGAAAUGAUAACUGAUGAUGAUGAUGGCAGCAGCAGCCGUUCUUCUCUGGAUACUCCCUUCACCCUGGCCAAAAAGGCUAAAAUGACCAAAGAAAAAGUGGACGAAAUUCAUAGGGCAGUGACAAAAUUUAUAGUCAAAGAUCUCCUUCCAUUUUCAACGGUGGAGUCACCAUCAUUCAGGGAGAUGUCCACUGCCCUUAAUCCAAGGUAUCAGCCCCCAUCGAGGGAUGAUCUAUCCAACACACUUGUACCUGCUUGAUAUUGCGUGGAGAAAAGCAACCUCAUCCAGAAUUUGGCACAGGUUAACAAGGUCGCUAUCACCUGUGAUGGAUGGACCAGUAUUGCUCAGGACCAUUUCCUCACAGUGACUGUUCACUACAUCUACAAAGGCAAAAUGAAGCAGAAUGUGCUUAGCACUGAAGCAGUUUAUGAGUCACAAACAGGUCCAGUUGUGGCUAAAGAAAUAUCAAGUCUUGUGGAGCAAUUUCACUUGGGAGGGAAAAUAAUUGCUGCCACUGUAGACAAUGCCUGCAACAUGGAUGUUGCUUUGAAAAAAUUGGACUUUUUAAAAGUGGGAUGCUUUGCUCAUACCCUCAACCUGGCCGCACAAAAGGUGUAUGACAUUCCUGCAGUUUCCAGCUGGUGUGCCAAAAUCCAUUCAGUUGUGGUGUGGCUCAAACGUUCAUCCUUGAGCAAAACUGUGCUCAGAGAAAAGCAGCGAAUCCUGAAUUUGCCAGAGCAUAAUGUAAUUCUUGACGUUAAGACGCGCUGGAAUUCUCUCUUCCUAAUGGUGGAGAGAUUUAUGGAGCAGUUUGAUGCAAUCCAGGCAGCUGCUCUGGAUCUACGGCUGAGGAAGCCUAUGGAGAAGGACAAGCUAGAAAGGUUCACGCACACCGAUUUAAUGAAGGCAGAGGAGUUUAUUAAGUGCAUGCAAGUCCUGUACACGUCAACCAUGUGUGUGUCAAGUGACAAGUCACCCACAUGCAGCCAAAUCAUCCCCAUCCUGGCCAAGCUGGAAGCACAUUUCAGACGAUGUGAUGAAGACAGUGUUUUCACCUCUUCAAUAAAAGGGAAAGUCUGGGGUAGUCUGUGUAACCCAGGUCAUUUUUUGAGUAUGGGAUUUCUGAUUAUUUGGUAGUCACUGAACGCACCACUGUGCCGUGCGCAUAGCCACUCCCUAGUCUAGCCACAGAGUUUUUCCUUCCGUUCGUCCGAUGAGGCGCAUGCUGCUCUCGUGCCCUCUGCGAGCUGGAAAUUCGGGCUGGUUUGUUUGCCUUUUGAUACCCUGGAUCCUACUGGAUGAACUGCCUUGUGGAAGUCCUCAUCUGAUGACUCAGCUGAAUCGUCCUGGCCGGUAGAUGGUCGUUGCUGCGGGUGGAUGCUUCUGCUUGCUGGAUACUAUUAUUGGACACUACGCCGUUCCAACAGAGCGGUAGGAAUAAUUCAAAGGGCCCCAACAGCGCACUUUACUUUUCCCUGAGCUCAGGUGAUUUUCUUUUGGCCAAAGGACCUUAAAGGAUACAUAUUUGCAUUUAUUUUUAUUUUUUGGGGGGGACGCCGAGUGGAAGGACACUAAAAAAAAGAUUAUUAUUUAAAAUUGUGUUUAAUAAAUGUGUUUAUGUCAAGUGAGUGUGGUGUCCAUUGUGUGCUGGAAGCCUUACGGUGUGUUCACACCGAACGCGAUAGGCGCGAGCGAAAACGCCCCAAACGCCCCUAAUUUGACGCGUGCACAUUCGCACCUCGAACGCGUGUCCAAGAAAAAUCCAUCGCGCGUCAAAGCGUGAACCGGAAAUGUGGGAGGGAUGUGGGAGGAAGUUGUGCCAGACAGUACCUUUGCUAGACGGCAGCUGUCUAGCUAGCGUUUCUAUUUACUGUGGAGAGCAGAGCAGCAGCGUUAAGGACGUCCUCGCCGUACCUGGGUCCAUCAAGUCCUCCAGACGGGUGAGCAGUUUGGUGAGUUUCACCACUUGCUCCAGGA